UCGAAGCGAGCUGACACCUCUGGAAGCAGCCGAACAUCUGGACCGAACCGGGACACAACUUUCUGCCAGCCCCAAACUCCACCAAACAACUUUAGGAGCCGGACUUUUCCCUCUGUUACACACUUUCUGCCGUCGUCCCAGCGUGCGGAGGAACAGACGCAAGAUGGGAAGAAGGCAGAUUUGAAACCAGGGAGUUGUCAUGUUUGAAAGCACCGACGGCUGAGGAAAGGGAGGAACAACUUCUUCUGCCGUUUCUUUCUUUCUUUUGUUUUUUUUUGGGUCAUAAUCCCAAGAAGAGGACUGUCUCAUGUCCAAGGAGAGCGUGCUUGCUCCAGAGGGGCCCCUGCUGCCACCCUCGCCUCAUGAUGCUCGUGACAGUGAAUCGACGGGGAGGACGCCGUUUCCCAGGAAACCCCCCGCCGAAGGACAAAGUCACGUUGCUGUUAGAACUCAACCUCAGCCCGAGUCUGAUCUUAAUCCUACGCCCUCUGAGGCUGCCGAGGGCGACGCUGCCAAGGACCAAAAUGGCUUACUCCACAGCAGCGCCGGCACACCCACGCUGAGCAACAGCAACGGAAUCCACUCCGGUGUCGGCGGGCCCCAGGCCGCGCUCACGUGCUCCUGCGGUGCCAGCAUCAGCAGGAGCGCCUCAGGCCCUGGAACCAGCGCCACAGCGACCACGCCGAUGACGGCGCAGCCCAGGAGGCAGCCGUCCACGCACACCGUGUCGCACAGGAUGCAGAGGAAACUGAGGUCCAGCUUGUCGGUCAACAGUGACAGCAGUCGACGCAGCAAAGGCAGUUCCACGGGCUCACAGAAACCUCCUUUGCCUGAGGACUGCUGCGUCCACUGCAUCCUGGCCUGCCUUUUCUGCGAAUUCCUGACGCUUUGCAACAUGGUGGUGGCCCAGGCCUCGUGCGGCGCGUGCACGUCGGAGGCCUGCUGCUGCUGCUGCUGCACCGAGGACAUGGGCGACGACUGCAACUGCCCCUGUGACAUGGACUGCGGCAUCAUGGAUGUCUGCUGCGAGUCCUCGGAUUGCCUGGAAAUCUGCAUGGAGUGCUGCGGCAUCUGCUUCCCCACAUAGGGGAGGGCCUUCGAUGGCGCAGACGCCAGACGAAAACACGAAUGGACGCUGCUGCUGUCGUCACUCUGAGUCCAGCAGGAGGGAGGGGAAGUGUCCGGGUGCGGGAGGGACGGGGGUAACCGGCGAGAGAUGGGUUUUGACACUGGGCUUCUCCAUCAAAACCAGCUCAACGCAGGCUAGAAGUAAUUCCAGAUUUUUCCAAACAUGUAGCUUCAAUUUCAAAUGUGUUGUAAGUGUUUUAGCCAUUACAAAACUAUUAUCCCAGGUAGCAUUCCAAUUUUUAGUGUCAGGAAUGACGUCUCUCUAGUGAUUUUGGACCAACAGUUUGCAUAGAUUGUCUCGAUUGUCUCCAAAAAACAUUUACUCAGACUUUCCUCUUUGAAUACAUGUUGCAGUCUUAGUACAGUACAACACUGUAAAACGGUCAUACGAUGGUUAAUGCAUUCCUAUUUACAUACUGUAGUUUUGCAGCACAAACUUCCACUGAGGUUUAUCUACUGUAGCACUGUAGAACAGUUGAAACUGGUGAAAUUUCACAGGUGAUUCAGGAUACCGUCUAGCACUUCACAUGAGGGUGUUUAUAGGGGCAAAGUGUGUUUACACUUUUUUUUUUCUUUAACCUUGUUUUUAAAAAGAAAAACAAUCUACAAUUACAGGAAAGAACUGCACAGAAUUUCUGAUGAGCUGCAAAGUUUUGCAAAGAGCUGGAAUGUUUUUCAAGUCCUUAUUUUUCUUACGAAUCUCAUCUCACCUCCUUUGAUCGUCUAGAAAUAAGUAACUGGAAAUGUAAGUUUUUUCCCCCCCCCCACUGCAAUAGGCUCUCAGUGGCUGCGUAAAGAUAAUGCCACGUGUACGGCUUAUGUGUUUUCUGUCAGUCGCCCUUUAACGCCAGCCAUCAGUGAAUUGGCUUUGUCAGCGGCGCAUGGUACAAGUCAUUUUCCACGAUCCUAUUUCAGAUGUGUACUGAUCACGUCUGACUUGUUGAACUGCACUCUAUUCAUCAGGGCCACGAGGAGGAAUUAAAAAACGGUGACCCCAGUUGCCCCAUAAGCAGCUUUUGGGUAUCCAGUGACUCAGAGUAUAAAAAAAGGAAUCAUGAAGUGUCAUGCUGAAAUGGCAAACUAAAGCAGGGUAAAAAAAAGCAGUUUUCUUCUGCAUUUUUUUUUUCUUUCCGUUCCUUAAUUCUGUGUAUCCCAAGAUGAGUUUAUGGUGAAUCAUGAGCGGAGUCAUUUUCUUGUCUUGCAGAUCCGCUUUGAUGUUGUUUAAGUGAUGAUACUUAACGCUGGCCCUCAUUAGCACUGCUUACUAAAUGGUAACAAAAACUGUCCCGUCUAGCGGCAUCAAAGAUAAUGUGCUGUCAUGUGCAGCUCUUCUUAAUAGCGCACUGUUAUGUGUCUAAGAGGGUUGGAGAGACUCUUUUUAGCAGAUAAUGUGCAGAAAGUAAACCUCAUUUUCAUGUUUUUGAUUAGCUCAAACCACAAGUUAGUUGCGGGCUAAAGAGUUUCAAAGAAACACUAUAUAGAUAAUGUGAAGAAUUAAUCUAAUAGAAGAAAUAUAGUAUAUAGUGGCUGACUUCUUGUACUCUACUGUUAUGUUUUGUGUCUUACACUUGAUCCUUUUCAUCUUGAUGCACCAUUGCUUACCUGGAGUCCACAGCUCGUUUCAUUAGUUUUGCACAUUAUACAAAAUCAUGAAGAGAACUUUUUUUUUUCUAAAUAAAACAUGUCCAAAAACA